AUGUUCGGUACGCAAACGCUUGGCGCCAAUCCCGGCUUUGGUAGUCCAACAGCCACAACAACGACUAACCCUAUGAAGGAUUUUGAAGUCACCUCGCCACCGGAGGAUACGGUUUCGGCAAUGGAGUUUAGUCCGGCCACGUUGCAGCAAAACUUUCUUAUCGCCGGUAGCUGGGACUGCACUGUGCGUUGCUGGGAGGUGGAACAGUCAGGAAAAACAGUACCAAAGUCUAUCAAGACCAUGGGCGGGCCGGUGUUAGAUGUGUGCUGGGCAGACGACGGCAGUAAAGUAUUCAUUGCUUCGACGGACAAACAGGUCAAAUGCUGGGAUUUAGCUUCGGAUCAAGUGGCCCAAGUUGCGCAACACGAUGCCGCCAUCAAGACUUGCCAUUGGGUAAAAGGUACUAACUACACGUGCCUGAUGACCGGCUCUUGGGAUAAAACGCUUAAAUUCUGGGACACGCGAACACCGCAACCCAUGAUGUCGAUUCAACUGCCGGAGCGAUGUUAUUGUGCCGAUGUCGAUUACCCGAUGGCUGUCGUUGGUACAGCAGGACGACACGUGUUGAUUUAUUCACUGGAAAACAAGCCAACUCAGUUCAAGCAACAGGAGAGCCCUCUUAAAUAUCAACAUAGGACAGUGUCCGUGUUUCGCGACAAGAAGAAAGCUCCCACCGGCUAUGCGCUCGGAAGUAUUGAAGGCCGAGUAGCUAUCCAGUAUGUUAGUCCAUUGAAUCCGAAGGACAAUUUUACUUUCAAAUGUCAUCGCUCGAACGGAUCAACAGGAUAUCAAGACAUCUAUGCGGUGAAUGACAUCGCUUUUCAUCCAUUGCAUGGUACAUUGGCUACGGUAGGCUCCGAUGGCACGUUCAGUUUCUGGGACAAAGACGCCCGAACAAAGCUGAAGUCGUCCGAAACGUUGGACCAAUCAAUUACUAAAUGCUGUUUUAAUAGCAACGGGCAGAUCUUUGCAUAUGCAGUUGGGUACGACUGGUCGAAAGGACACGAAUAUUACAACCCACAGAAAAAGACUUAUAUUUUUCUGCGUUCGUGCUUCGAUGAACUGAAACCAAGGGCUUCGAGUUAAGAACUGCUGCGUGAAUACACGGUCGUUUUGAUUCUUCAUACAUUCGAGCUACUUGUUUUGUUUCUGCUUCAAAACUAAUAAGUUUAUUCGUUAUGCAGAAUUUUGGAAAUAAAGUCUAAU